CGCAGGCGCAGCGGAGCCCGGUGCCUGGGGAAAAUGGUGCGCUGGCCGUUGCUGUGGGCGCAGCGCCGGAAGGCGGCGGCUGCUGCUUGGCUGACCCUGUCCCCGACCCCCCGAGGAGGCUCGACGAGCGCCGCAAGCCCCGACAUGGACGACGUCCUCCGCCGCACGGUGGCGGCCGUGCCCCCUUACGAGAUCCGGCAGAAGCCGGCGCUGCACGAAGCGCCGAGCCGCGAGUUCGUGCGCUUCUACCGGUGCCUGGGAGACGCCGAGAGGCCGGUCUUCCUCGCCAAGCUGGCGGCCGACUACGGCACCGACCACGGCAUGGUGUCCGAGGUGUGCGGCCGGCUGAAGGAGGCCCAGAGCCGGGAUCUGGGCACUUUGCUGAAGGCCGAGGACAGGCUGCGGUACUCGCUAACCCCUCGCUAUAAAUUCCUCAUCAGCCACAUCUGCCGUCUGGAGGGAGGAGUGAAGUUUAUUGUUGACUUGCGGGCGGAUAUCUUACAGUGCCUGCAGAGCAAAACAGCGGACACCCCUCAAAUCAGGGAAAUGAAUGGAAUAUUGAAGACACUGCUGUCAGAUUGGUUUUCGAUAGGAUUCUUAAACCUUGAGCGCAUCACCUGGCAGUCCUCUUGUGAUCUGCUGCAGAAGAUUAGCGAGUAUGAGGCAGUGCAUCCUGUCAGAAACUGGGCAGAUAUUAAACGCCGAGUUGGACCUUACCGAAGGUGCUAUGUUUUUACUCACAAUGCUAUGCCAAGGGAGCCUCUGAUAGUUUUACACGUGGCACUGACAGAUGACAUCUCUAACAAUAUACAGGCUAUCGUCCGAAAAGAUCCUUCUCUGGAGAUGACUGAGGAUGUGAACAAGAUCACCACAGCUAUUUUCUACUCCAUCAGCUCUUCGCAGAGAGGACUGCAGGGGGUAGAGCUUGGAACAUACCUCAUCAAGCGAGUUGUAAAAGAGCUUCAGGCUGAAUUUCCUCAAAUGAACCAAUUCUCCAGUCUGUCUCCAAUUCCCGACUUCAAAAAGUGGCUGCUUGGAACCUUCAAUAACAAAGUCAAGGAAGAGAAAUCAAACCAGAUUUUUACAGAACUUGAAUUCAAGGAAAUCCAGGACAUCAUUGAAGGACCUGUGUCAGAAAGACUUCACCACCUACUUUCUAAUAAUGAGUGGGUGAAGUCUGACAAAUUAGUUAGAGUUCUUGAGACACCACUUAUGCGACUUUGUGCCUGGUACCUGUAUGGAGAAAAACAUCGUGGGGGUGCCCUUGAUCCAGUAGCUAACUUUCAUCUUCAAAAUGGUGCUGUGAUAUGGCGAAUAAACUGGCUGGCUGACACAAGUUCUCGUGGUCUUUCGUCAUCCUUUGGAAUUAUGGCAAACUAUCGAUAUCUCCUCGAAGAUACCAAUCGUAAUAGUGUCCAGUACUUGAGAACAAGGCACAUUGAGGCAUCUGAGCAGAUUCUGAGUCUUGUAGCUCAAUGUCAGACAAUCAGCAAACUUUAACUGGAGCUUCACAGGAAAAUGAACUGUUUUGAAAAUAAUGAAUUAACUUUAACCAUCAUUAUUACUUGUUAUUGUUUAGAUAGCAAGGAACUUCAACAAAAAAAAAUUAAACAUGAGAUUUGUUGUGAAACAGCAAUGUUAUUUGGCCAGUUUGAUUGAUAAUAUAUCAUGUAAACCUAUUUAAUGAUGAGCUACAUGAAUGCUGAAGUCUCCAAAUGAGAGCAAAUUUAUUAAUGUCUAACUGAUAAAUUGUAAGCCAUUAGAAAGAAAGAAUGAACUUUUUAUUAUGACUUCCAUACCACAGAAUGUCUUGCUGCCAAUGAAGUAAUAUUGAUCUGUAGUUCCUCCUGAAUGCCAUCCAGUGUUAUUGUAACAUUUGUCAGUCUGAGAGAAAGAGGUACUUAUUUUCAAUAGGGCAUCAGUGUGUUUCUUCAAUUUUAAAAAGCCAUCAGAGCCAACUUACUAUUAAUUAUAUUGCUUCUCUUUAUCUCAUUUUUUUAGUUUCACACUGACUUUCCCAUGAUGGUGACAGCAAUCAGUAUACCACUGCUGAACAGUCUGCCUCAUUUGUGGUUUGUCAUUACUAAUAUUUGCUUUAGCUAGACAAUUCCUUGCCAACUCAUGGGUGUCAUUCUGCCAUUUUUUAGUCUAACACAAAAUACUACUUGCACACAUUUGGACUUGCACCUUGCCCUAUAGCUGACUGACCAAAAACAGUUUAAUAAGUUACUUGCAAAAGCAUUUCAAUCUGUCUGUCUUUUCUUCUAUCCUUGUUCCUAAGGAUUGGGUUGUGGCCUCCCUUUGGAAUAGUCUCUGCUUAUGGGCGAAGUACUGGAGUGAUCUUCCAGUUCCUUCUGCAGAAAGGUUGACCAGGAAACUCUUCCACUUUUAUUGCCUACCAUCAGCUUUACUGGAGCCAUUUACUGGCUGAUGAUCAAUCGGAUUAUCAUAAGUUCAAUAUGAACUUAUCUUCCACAGCUGGCAAGUGCUGAAAUGGAAUUCAGAUCUGGAAUCUCAGGCUCAGAGAUAAGGACACUACAACAGUGCUACAUGACUUCCAUAUAUUACUCUGUAGCUAUUGUCAUAUAUUUUAAAUCAAAAGUUCCUCUGUGAUAAAAGUUCUUUGUUACUGUAUAUACCUGCAAUCUACCUAUGGAGAUCAUUUAAAUUGACUUUAUGGUUUUGGGGAAAAAAAAACUAUUUAACAUUGCCAUAACAUACUGUUACCUCUCUUGUAAGAGAAUUUCAUGCCAUGGCGAGUUUUCAAAUUGAAUAAAUUUAAAUAUUUACCCUGGCAGUUGUUUGCUUAACUUGCAAUGAA